CUCAAUUAGGACCUUGCCCGUAAGGGGUACCUAUAUAGGUACUUGAGCCGAUUGUAAUAUUACGUACCUGAAGUAGGUACCUACCUAGGUAUAGGUUAGGUACCUCCUAGGUAGGUAAUUGGAAGUCGAGACGGGCACGCGACGAAAGGGUAGGUAGAUAAGGGGACCUGACGAUGCGAGACAUGUCCAUCGCCCAUCCAUUCCUCCAUUGCUCCCGCGCACGACUCCAAUAACGGCGACCACCCAAUGAUUGUCUGCUGUUCAACCCCUGCGCGAGCUCCGGCGGCGACGAAUUCUUCCUAGCAUUCAUGAGUGCACCUCUAGAUCCCGACUCACGUUGACGCGGGCUUACGUGCGAGGGGCCACCGCCUCGCCUGAUCCAUACCGUACAAGCUCGCGGCACCGCCCCGACAACUAUGACCGACACCAUCGAUUCCAUCGUCAAGGGCGCUCCCCAGCCCGGCCAGGAGAUUGGGUCGCCGCCUAUAGGCACCAGCCCCAUCGGCGUACCCAAACCCGGCGACCCUCUAAAACACACGCCGAGCGCCCCUUCCAUGAUCUACCUCAAUAUGUUAGUCCUCGAGGCCUCCCUGCGCUCCCAGUACCUCGAUCUCCGCACCCGGCGGCGGAAGCACACCUUCUUUCUGAGCCUGCUGUGCCUCUGGCUCGCCGGCUUUGGAUACGCUCUGUUCCUCGCCCCUCGGGAAGACGGUAGUGGCGUCGGCGGGUCGGUGUACUGGGUGGUUGACAUGACGGAGAAGGUGUGCUUUAUUAGUGGUAUCGUCACCGGCAUAUUGGUCUGGGCAACGGGGAUAUGGGAACGCGGCAUUCGCUGGCCGCGGCGCUGGUUCGGCAUUUGCAACCGAGGCCUGCGCGGGUUCAACUGCAAGCUGGUUGUCAUCCGAAGGUCCUGGUGGGUUGAGCUCGUCUCGCUUAUCGGCUUCUUCUUCACCUACGGCGCGUUCUCUAGCCGAGCCGGCCAGUACCGUUUUGUGGAGCCGUCGAUCCUGCGCGAAGUCGACCGAGAGCUGAACCUCACCCACAACGAACACCCUCCACUACCAUUCGUCAGCACCGACGAGGAGAAGGGCGGCCACGAGGAGGAUCUGUCGCCCGGGGGGGACUACGUAAAGCUCCUGCUGUGGCCUAAACCCUUCUCGCCCAACUUUCGGGAGAAUUGGGAGCUGUACAGGAGCGAGUAUUGGGAGAGGGAGAACGAGCGCCGGGCGCUGUUGAGGGCGAAACUGAAGACGCGCGAUAGGCAACUCGCGAAGCAGCAGAAUAACUGGCUAUGGUGGCUACCGGGAUGGGCGAAAGCAGAAAAGGCUCACGCGCACGGUCCCGGGGUCUGGGACGGGGAGAAGUCUCCGCAUCUCCGGCCGUCGGUCGUAGCAAAGGAGAAUAAGCGCACUCGGAGCGGCAGCGUUCGCCGAGGUAGCAACUCGGCAGGAUCGUCGCGGAGCCCGACGCCCCCAGUGGACUCGGAGGAGGGUGGUACUGGCAGGAGGGGCAGCAUCUCCGAAAAGAGGCGGAAGAAGCACCUCUCGACGAGUUCUCGGUCCAAGCGGCCAGGCGGCGAUUCGCGAUCUGUGACGCCAGAGUUCCCAUCGCCCCUUGCUAGAGAGAGUAGCGUGGGUGGCAGUAGUGAAAAAGCCUCAUAGCUAUUUUUCCAAGGCACUAAGUGUAUGUAUCUAUCGACGAACCUGAAAGUUGUCUAGAACGAAACGAACCACCGAACUUAAUAGCCGGUAUUCUUUCCUCGCCUGCAUCCUUCUUCUGCCAUCUCUCUCUUUGCUACAUUCGCUCUUGGCCUGGUUUGCUUACAAUGAACUAGUUUUCUUCUCAAUAAAUGUCUCCCUCUUGAAUGUUGCAUUCCCCGCAUUGGAUGUUUAAGUAAAUACUGUUGUAUUCGAGGGGAACACAGGGGGAGGAGAGCUGUUUAGGAACCGAGACUGAAUAGAUAAUCGCCGUUGCUAACGGCUACCCUAGCCCCAAUCAACAGCUAGGUAACAGUUGUUGUAACAGCACCUAACAGCUGCAACGGAUAAUAACUAA